AUGGGAUCGGCGGUCAGUGUUGGUAAAAGCUCGGACGCCCGCGGAAAAUCCCUUGUAACUCAGCUGAGACAGGAAAAUGUUCGUUUACAGGCGAGAGUCGACAGGCUGUGCGUGGAAGGAAAGCGACUGAACGACGAAAUCAGCGCAAUGCUCAAGGAAAGAGAAAAAGAGGAAGAAGAUCUCAGAAUAAAAUGUGAACGCUUUAUCCACCAUUCGCCGACAAAUGCGGAUGAGCGAGAAGAAUCAAGUGGGAAAGAAGCUAUUGGUGAACCUGAGGGUUUCACUGAGAAAGUCCUUCAGAUAGAACUGGAUAAGCUCAUGAAAGAAAAGAGCGACUUAAAGAACGAGCUGGAAGAAUUAAAAGCCACUGGUACAUGCGAAGACCACAUGGGCCUCCUCGUUUGCCAAAGGAAGAAACAGUCGAUGGAACAGAGCAAAGUACUUUGA